CUUGCCCAGCGCAGAGUUGCUGCGCAAACGCCACGGUACUGCCUGCCUCUCCUUACCCUACUCAACUGUUUUACUUUCUCCCUUAUUGCCCCAGUUCCACGACCAGUCAUGAUCAUUGAAGACAUGGCGUCUUCCCAGACGGCCCUACACGACCCCCCAGAGUACACAAGCGACACCAAGCCCGGUCUGCAACGCGGCCACAGCUACAGCCUGUCCACCGCGAAGCUAUUGCCAGACGAGGGAACAGGUCACAAAGAGGCAGAGCCGUCCGACGUGGCCUAUGACACGUCGUACAAGCAACCGUAUGCCGACGAAGCAUACAACCCCUCAUACAGGCCCGCUUUCCCGGAGGCGGACUACGCAUAUCAUCCGGAAGCCUACCCUGCGGACGCUGCUGAGAACAAGCAAGAGAUGGUGUACGCAAAGACACCAGAGCAGUAUGGUAUGCGGAAUUAUGAGAACAUGGGCUACGACGAACCGUUCUCCAAACGUCCGCGAGAGCGUCCGAACUUCGUGAAGCGAUUCUUUGGGCUCUACCCUCUCGAGGACAGAAUCGCUGAUAAGAAGGCCGGCGUUGGUGUUCAGAGGCGACCAUAUAUCGUCUGGCUCCUUUCAUUGAUCAUGCUCGCUGUGCUCAUAUACGAGCUUGUGGUAAACCAGAAAGCUCAAGGCACGCCAGUGUCAUUCCACCCAACGGUCAACCCGAUGUUGGGUCCGUCAGAAAGUGCGCUGAUCAACGUCGGAGCGCGUUUCCCUGCCUGUAUGAAGGAUGUUACCUCGAUACCACUGACCACAGAGUUCGCAUGCAUGUCCGCUGAGACCAUCUGUGGUUUCGGCGGCUUCCACGACCAAACCCCGAAUCAAUGGUUCCGUUUUAUCACGCCCGUAUUCCUGCACGCCGGAAUCGUGCACUUCUUGCUGAACAUGUUGGCGCAGUUGAUAGUUUCUGCUCAGGUCGAGCGAGAGAUGGGCUCCCCCUUCUUCCUCAUUCUGUACAUGGCUGCAGGAAUUUUCGGCAACGUCCUCGGAGGAAAUUUCGCCCUUGUUGGUGUUCCAUCCGUCGGUGCCAGUGGUGCCAUCUUUGGUACGACUGCUGUCGCAUGGAUCGAUCUGUUCGCGCACUGGCGGUAUCAAUAUCAACCAGGAAGGAAGCUUGCCUGGAUGGUCGUGGAGUUGAUCAUCGGUAUCGCUCUAGGUUUCAUCCCAUCGCAUCUUGGGGGACUGCUCAUGGGCUUAUUGGUCGGGAUGGCAUUCUACCCUAUCAUCAGCCCGUCGGUCAGGCAUCGAUCGAUCGUUCUCGGUCUUCGGUUGGGCGCGGUAGCCUUGGCCCUUGUUCUCUACAUCGUACUCACCCGCAACUUCUACACCUCGAAUCCAUACGCAGCUUGUUCAUGGUGUCGCUACCUGUCAUGUAUCCCGACAUCCUCGAACAACUACUGCAAAGGGUACGUUGGCCGCUCGAUUCAUCAGGACUGGGCUGUCCACCUCUUCGUCAGCAAUCUAAAGUGAGUGUCGCGUGCACAAGUUUACGUUCACCCAUUUGUCGUGUCGGAGCUGGCCACCACGAUGUCUCAUAGAUACCAAUGUCACUACUGAUCGGACUACGCUCGGAACGCACGGACAAUUAUUUAAUGUUCGACCCUGUACCUAUGCUUGCACUCCUUCACUGUCACAAUGCUACUAGCGCUGUCGGACGCUUCGACCUCUGUACUUCGCUUGUGAACGUCUGAACGGUCGAGUGGGGCAAUUGACAUACCAUGAUGUGCGUGGCGAGUGAAUGGGGUGGUGGUGCUGAUCUACGAGGCU